AUGAUCCAGGCUAGGAAGAUUAAGUACGACGUCAUCGGACUGACCGAGACGAGACAACGCCAUCCACUUAGCGCUGUGUAUGACACUGGAGAGGAACUGUUCUUAGGAACAUGCGACGGUAGAGUUGGUGGAGUUGACGUCCUCGUCAACACGAGUAUGGCAAAGAGCAUCGACUCUUUUGAACAACUUGCGACCCGAAUCGGACGUCUGCGGAUGAGAAGAUGUGGCCCAACACCAGCUUUGACUAUCUUCGUCGCUUGCGCUCCAACAUCAAGCUACGAAGAAGAAGUCGAAGCUUUCUAUAUGGACCUGGAGAAGAUCUACCGAGAAGACCAUGCCUUUUACAAGUUCAUAAUUGGUGAUUUCAACGCCAAAGUUGGCCCAAGAAGAACGCCUGAGAGACUUUACAUCGCGACUCACGGCCUACGAUGGAACGAACAGAAGGGGAAUCUUCCCGAGUUUAUCAUGACGAUUAGGACCAUCAUCCAUGGAAACUCGCGAUUCUAG